AUGACGACUACCACAAUUCCGGUCACAAUAACCACAGCUGCUUCGACUACAACAACAGCAGCAACCACCACAAUCACAGGAGCUGCCACCACAAUCCCUACUGCUCCUACUACAACCACAGCUGCUGCUGCCACAACAACCACAGAUGCUCCAACUACAACGACAAAUGGAGUCACAACAACCACAGUUUCUCCCACAACAACCACAGGUGAUGCUACAGUCACCACAGCAGACAUCACAACUACCACAGAUGCUCAUUCAACAACCACAGCCGCUCCAACUACAACCUCAACUACGUCCAUGAUGACCACCACAGUUCCUGCCAUGACAACGACACCUGCAACUGCUGCAGCAGCCACCACAACCACAGUUGCUGCAACAACAUCCACAGCUGCUCCAACUACAACCACAGCUACUGCAACCACAGCUGCCCCCACGACCACAACAGCUGGCAUGACGACUACCACAAUUCCGGUCACAACAACCACAGCUGCUUCGAUUAUAACAACAGCAGCAACUACCACAAUCACAGGAGCUGCCACCACAACCACUACUGCUCCUACUACAAACACAGCUCCUGUCACGACAACCACAGAUGCUCCAACUACAACCACAAAUGGAGUCACAACAUCCACAAUUCUCCAACAACAGCCACAAAUGGAGUGCCUCUACAGUCACCACAGCAGGCAUCACAACAACCACAGCUGCUUCGACUACAACAACAGCAGCAACCACCACAAUCACAGGAGCUGCCACCACAACCACAGCUGCUCCUACUACAACCACAGCUCCUGUCACGACAACCACAGAUGCUCCAACUACAACCACAAAUGGAGUCACAACAUCCACAGUUUCUCCCACAACAACCACAGCUGCUGCCACAACAACCACAGCUGCUGCCACAACAUCCACAGCUGCUGCCAUCACAACCACAGGUGCAGCUACAGUCACCACAAUUCCGGUCACAACAACCACAGCUGCUUCGACUACAACAACAGCAGCAACCACCACAAUCACAGGAGCUGCCACCACAACCACUACUGCUCCUACUACAACCACAGCUCCUGUCACGACAACCACAGAUGCUCCAACUACAACCACAAAUGGAGUCACAACAUCCACAGUUUCUCCCACAACAACCACAGCUGCUGCCACAACAACCACAGCUGCUGCCACAACAUCCACAGCUGCUGCCAUCACAACCACAGGUGCAGCUACAGUCACCACAAUUCCGGUCACAACAACCACAGCUGCUUCGACUACAACAACAGCAGCAACCACCACAAUCACAGGAGCUGCCACCACAACCACUACUGCUCCUACUACAACCACAGCUCCUGUCACGACAACCACAGAUGCUCCAACUACAACCACAAAUGGAGUCACAACAUCCACAGUUUCUCCCACAACAACCACAGCUGCUGCCACAACAACCACAGCUGCUGCCACAACAACAGCUACUGCUGCAACCACAACCACAGCUGCCCCCACGACCACCACAGCUGGCAUGACGACAACCACAAUUCCGGUCACAACAACCACAGCUGCUUCGACUACAACAACAGCAGCAACUACCACAAUCACAGGAGCUGCCACCACAACCACUACUGCUCCUCCUACAACCACAGCUCCUACCACAACAACCACAGGUGCUGCAACCACAACCACAACCACAGCUGCCCCCAUGACCACCACAGCUGGCAUGACGACUACCACAAUUCCGGUCACAACAACCACAGCUGCUUCGACGACAACAACAGCAGCAACCACCACCAUCACAGGAGCUGCCACCACAACCACUACUGCCGCUACUACAACCACAGCUCCUGCCACAACAACCACAGCUGCUGCCAUCACAACCACAGGUGCCUCUACAGUCACCACAGCAGGCAUCACAACAACCACAGCUGCUUCGACUACAACAACAGCAGCAACCACCACAAUCACAGGAGCUGCCACCACAACCACAGCUGCUCCUACUACAACCACAGCUCCUGUCACGACAACCACAGAUGCUCCAACUACAACCACAAAUGGAGUCACAACAUCCACAGUUUCUCCCACAACAACCACAGCUGCUGCCACAACAACCACAGCUGCUGCCACAACAACCACAGCUGCUGCCAUCACAACCACAGGUGCCGCUACAGUCACCACAGCAGGCAUCACAACAACCACAGCUGCUUCGACUACAACAACAGCAGCAACCACCACAAUCACAGGAGCUGCCACCACAGCCACUACUGCUCCUACUACAACCACAGCUCCUGUCACGACAACCACAGAUGCUCCAACUACAACCACAAAUGGAGUCACAACAUCCACAGUUUCUCCCACAACAACCACAGCUGCUGCCACAACAACCACAGCUGCUGCCAUCACAACCACAGGUGCCGCUACAGUCACCACAGCUGGCAUCACAACAACCACAGCUGCUUCGACUACAACAACAGCAGCAACCACCACAAUCACAGGAGCUGCCACCACAACCACUACUGCUCCUACUACAACCACAGCUCCUGUCACGACAACUACAGAUGCUCCAACUACAACCACAAAUGGAGUCACAACAUCCACAGUUGCUGCCACAACAACCACAGCUGCUGCCACAACAACCACAGCUGCUGCCAUCACAACCACAGGUGCCGCUACAGUCACCACAGCAGGCAUCACAACAACCACAGCUGCUUCGACUACAACAACAGCAGCAACCACCACAAUCACAGGAGCUGCCACCACAGCCACUACUGCUCCUACUACAACCACAGCUCCUGUCACGACAACCACAGAUGCUCCAACUACAACCACAAAUGGAGUCACAACAUCCACAGUUUCUCCCACAACAACCACAGCUGCUGCCACAGCAACCACAGAUGCUCCAACUACAACAACAAGUGGAGUCACAACAACCACAGUUUCUCCCACAACAACCACAGGUGCUGCCACCACAACCACAGGUGCCGUCGCCACAACCACAGGUUCCGCCACCACAACCACAGGUACCGCCACGGUCACCACAGCAGGCAUCACAACUACCACAGUUGCUCAUUCAACAACCACAGCUGCUCCAACUCCAACCUCAACUACGUCCAUGAUGACCACCACAGUUCCUGCCCUGACAACGACACCAGCAACUGCUGCAGCAGGCACCACAACCACAGUUGCUGCAACAACAACCACAGGUGCUCCAACUACAACAACAGCUACUGCUGCAACCACAACCACAGCUGCCCCCACGGCCACCACAAUUCCGGUCACAACAACCACAGCUGCUUCGACUACAACAACAGCAGCAACCACUCCAAUCACAGGAGCUGCCACCACAACCACAGGUACCGCCACGGUCACCACAGCAGGCAUCACAACUACCACAGUUGCUCAUUCAACAACCACAGUUACUCCAUUUACAACCUCAACUACAUCCACAGAUGCUCCAACUAGAAACACAGCUACUGCCACAUCAACAACUUAUCCAACUACAACCACAGUAGCUUCCUCUGCAACCACACCUUCUGCCACAACAACUAUACCUGCUGCCACUACUACCACAGCUGCUCAAACUGCAACCAACGCAGCAGCCAACACA